UCCAGUCAGCCAGCAAAAUUAGACCUGAAAAGUGUCGCAUAUUUCUAUCUCGCUCUCACUGCAUGCUUUUGCCAUAAGGCUGUCUCUGCUUUUGCAGCUAGUCAGUUAGCAAAGUCGAAUUUCAUGAAUGCCUUUAAGUCAGGCUCGUAAAAUACCAUCAAAAGAAAAAAAGCUGCUCCAAUCCACAAUUGGUUGUGUAAAUUAACAGUUAUCUUAAAUUUUAAAUUGAACAUAUCAAAUAUGCAGCUGCUUGCGCCCUGGCAGCCCUGCGACCAUAGAUAAGGUCGUCAUCGGUUAUCGGUUCUUAAUAAUUCGGCUUAACGUGCUUAGAAGUUUAUAUUAAAUUUAGCACAUCACGCAAGCGACGGCGCCAAUAUGACAACGCCCACGCGCGCCACCCUCGAGAAGGCUCUGAAAAGCGAUGCGAAACUUCAGAAGGAGGCCACAAAAAUCGCCAAGGAUUUGGCCGCUGGCGGAUAUGACAUAUCGCUGCUGGCGGAGGAGUUGGGCUUUGCCCUGUCCUCGCCAGACAUGGAGCAGCGCGUGGCCGGCACCAAUUUGUUGUCCGCUGUCCUGUGUGCCCUGCCAGCGGACUUGCUCAAUGCGGAGCAGCUGGAGUUCCUCACCACCUUCUACACGGACCGACUGCGGGAUCACCACAACGUGAUGCCGGCGAUCAUCGAUGGUAUUGAUGCAAUGGUUCACAUGAAGGCUCUGCCAGCCGGUAAUGUUCCACUGAUCCUACAGGCCUUCUUCCAGCACACAACCUGCCAGUCGCAGACGCGUGGAGACCGCACCAAGUUGUUCAACAUCUUCAAGUACCUGACGCUCAACUUCAAGGAGGAGCUCACGACGAUGGCUGGUGACUUUGUGUACGGCCUGAUCAACUCCAUCGAUGGGGAGCGCGAUCCCCGCAAUCUGGAGAUCAUCUUCAGUUUCAUGCCCGAGUUCAUGGCCAACUAUCCGCUGCUGCAUUUGGCCGAGGAAAUGUUCGAGAUCUUCGCCUGCUACUUCCCUAUCGACUUCAAUCCCAGCAAGCAGGACCCCACGGCCAUCACACGCGACCAGUUGGCCGCCAAACUGACCAACUGUCUGGUGGCCAACAAUGAGUUUGCCGAGUGGACGGUCGUCCUGGCCGUGGAGAAGCUGGAGAGCGAGCUGCUGGUGGCCAAACUGGACUCCAUUGAGCUGCUGCAUCAAGCUGCCGUAAAGUUUCCCCCAUCUGUGCUGGAGCCGCACUUUGAUCAGAUCUGGCAGGCGCUCAAGACAGAAACCUUUCCUGGCGCCGACAACGAGGACAUCCUAAGAGCCUCGCUCAAGGCCUUGGGUGCCUUGCUGGAGCGAGCCGCCCAUGUGCCCAGCAUUAGCCACAGCUAUCAGACCUCUGUGCUGGGCGUGGUGUUACCCCAGUUGAGCGACGUGAAUCAGCGGCUCUUCCAUCCGGCCACUGCCAUUGCGCUGGUGUGCGUGGCCGGAGAUGCCCCGUUUGCCGCCGACAAGAUCCUGAACAGCUUCCUCCUCAAGCUGCAGGCCACGGAUCUCAGUACGUCGCCCCCGGACCAGCGCGUCAAGAUAUACCAGAUUGUCGCCCAGGUGUACAAGUUAGCCGCCCUGCGCGAGUCCCUCCAGAAACUGGACAGCACGAUAAGCGUGCCCCUGCUGGAUGAUGUUAUAGCAGCGCUUCGACUGUGCGAGCGAGAGGACUUCGAUGCCAAGAAGGAGGACCUCGAGCUGCAGAAGGCAGCCCUGUCUGUACUUAACGAAUGCGCCCCGGUGCUGAGUGAGGCACAGCGGGCCCUGGUAUACAAGGCACUGGUGCAGCUGAUCAGCCAUCCCACCAUCGACCUGGACUUCACCGUGCUCACGGUCGGCCUGGGAGCCCUGCAGCCGGUGGAGCUGCAGGCGAACUUCAUCGACAUUGGCAUUCGGAACUUUGAGAUCUUCUCGAACUUCAUCAAGCGGAAGAUCUACACCAACCUGCUGCCGCUGAUCCCCCAAAUGGCAUUUACACAACGCAUUUUGGACCUCGUCAUGACGCAGAUGUUCAAGCCCGACAACCCAGAGCCUGUGCGGCUGCUGGCUCUGGAGGCGCUCAACACGCUCCUCACGCAGGAGGAUCAGCGCUUCAUUGUGGACCUGCAGCAGCAGUCAAAUUUGCUGCACCAGCUCAUCGAGCUGGCCCAGCAGACGAAGGAUAUUACGCUGCAAUCCCUGGAACAGAUUGCCGGAGCCCUGAGCCGCAUCAUCCAGCAGCUGCCACUCUCCGAGCAGAGCGCCAUCAUCAGCGAGUAUCUGCCGGGGCUCCAGCUGCAGAAGUCGGCGGACCUGUACAUCGCCAAGGGUCUGCUGGGCUACCUCCACAAGGACAUAAGCCUGGACGAUCACUUCGAGCGGCUGCUGAGCGAUCUCACCCAGCUCUCCCUGACCACCGACAACGAGCAGCUGCGCGUGAUUGCCCACCAUUUGCUCUGCAGUUUGGUGAACAAAAUGGAGAACACCAAGGGGAACCGGAGCAAGGUGAAGCAGAUCACCGAGCAACUGAAGAAGGCCAUCAAGACGGGCGAUGUGCGGGCUGUGGAGAUCCUUGCCUGGGUGGCCAAAGGUCUGGUGGUGGCCGGUUUCGAUGAGGCCGCCGACAUUGUGGGAGAUCUGUCGGAUCUCCUCAAGCAUCCCACUCUGAGCACUGCCGCUGCCUUGGGCUUUGACAUCAUAGCAGCCGAAUAUCCCGAACUGGAUUUGCCGGUCGUCAAGUUCCUGUACAAGCAAAAGUUCUUCCACACCAUCAUGGGCAAAAUGGGCAGCAAGCUGGCCGACUAUUGCGUGCACCAUCUGAAGGCCUUUGUCUAUGUGCUGAAGGCCACGCCCCAGGCGGUGAUCAAGCUGAAUAUCGAGCAGCUGGGACCGCUGCUCUUCCGGAGCCUGGAGGAGCACAAUGAGGCGCAGUCCUUGUGCAUUGCGCUGGGUAUCUGCGAGAGCUUUGUGCAGCAGCAGGAUGCGUAUUUCCAGGCGCAUUUGGGCCAUCUCAUACCCAGUUGCCUGGAGCUAUCCAAGUACAAGGCCCAGCAUACAAUGCAAGUGCGGAUCGCGGCCCUUCAGCUGCUCUACGACAUAACGAAGUAUCCAACGUUCGCCCUGCUGCCCCACAAGGUGGAUGUUACGCUGGCCCUGGCCGCAGCCCUCGACGAUCCAAAGCGUCUGGUGAGGAACACGGCGGUUCAGGCAAGGAAUGCCUGGUACCUGGUGGGAGCCGCCAACGGAGAUUAGCCAAGGAACAAACAAAUUAUUGUUAACAUUUUAAGCGAAAUAAGAAACAAGAGAACGCACAAUCCAUA